CAGCAGCUGGGUGAAGGAGAGGAUGUAGCAGCAGGAGGAUCUAAGAUGGCGACCGGAGAAACAAACAGCAGCUGCUGUCUGAGGAUUCAACGGUAAAAACAACCGACACACCGGGACUCUGUCCGUCUGUCCGCCGGGAGGAGACGAUGAGCGGGGCCGCGCUGCGACACGCUGAACGGAAACAGUCAUCAUGCUGUGAGGUCGCGACCUCAUUGGCUCUGUGACGAGGGAGGAGGAGGAGGAGGUGGAGGAGGAGAAGAUGGCGGCUGAACUUUUCUCCACCAGCCUCCCUCACAGUAACGAGGUGGAGGUGAAGAAGAGUUUCAUCCAGCCCAAUGAACCGGAGCCGCCGGCUGAAAACACCAACGAAGAAGACGACGUCCAGCCCAACAACAAUGACAGAGAGGACGGAGACAGCUGGCAAGAAGCACAGCCCACGCUCAGAGAGAGGAACGCUCUGAUGUUCAACAACGAGCAAAUGGCUGAUGCUCACUUCAUCGUCGGUCCUCCAGGAGAGACUCAGAAAGUUCCUGCUCAUAAGUACGUCCUGGCGGUGGGCAGCUCCGUGUUUGGAGCCAUGUUUUACGGAGAUCUGGCUGAGGGUCAAUCUGAGAUCCACAUCCCUGACGUGGAGCCAGCCGCUUUCCUCAUACUGUUGAAGUACAUGUACAGUGAUGAGAUCGAGUUGGAGGCUGACACCGUGCUCGCCACGCUCUACGCUGCUAAGAAGUAUAUCGUUCCUGCUCUGGCGAGGGCCUGCGUCACCUUCCUGGAGACGAGUCUGGAGGCGAAGAAUGCCUGCGUGCUGCUGUCUCAGAGCCGGCUGUUUGAGGAGCCAGAGCUGACGCAGCGCUGCUGGGAGGUGAUCGACGCUCAGGCCGAGCUUGCUCUGCUAUCUGAAGGCUUCUGUGAGAUCGACCUGCCCACGCUGGAGAUCAUCCUGCAGAGAGAAUCCCUCAACAUCAGCGAGGUCGUGAUCUUCCAAGCCGUGCUGAACUGGGCGGCGGCUGAGUGCAGACGUCAGGGCCUGUCUGUAAACCCCAGGAACCAGCGGGCGGUGCUGGGUAAGGCUCUGUACCUGGUCCGGAUCCCCUCCAUGACGUUGCAGGAGUUUGCAGACGGGGCGGCGCAGUCGGACGUCCUGAUGCUGAAAGAGACUCAUGAUGUUUUCCUGUGGUUCACUGCCUCAAGCAAACCCAGACUGGAGUUCCCUCUGGUGAAGCGGGCCGGACUGGCGCCGCUCAGGUGCCACCGCUUCCAGUCCUCGGCCUACCGCAGCAACCAGUGGCGCUACAGGGGGCGCUGCGACAGCAUCCAGUUCGCAGUGGAUCGGCGGAUCUUCAUGGCCGGACUCGGUCUGUACGGGUCAAGCGGCGGGAAGGCCGAGUACAGCGUGAAGAUUGAACUGAAGAGGCAGGGAACCGUUCAGGCCCAGAACCUCACCAAAUUCCUGUCGGAUGGAUCAAGCAGCACCUUCCCUGUGUGGUUUGAACACCCGGUCCAGGUGGAACCGGACACCUUCUACACGGUCAGCGCCGUCCUGGACGGAAACGAGCUGAGUUACUUUGGUCAGGAGGGGAUGACCGAGGUGCAAUGUGAGAAAGUGACCUUCCAGUUUCAGUGUUCAUCAGACAGCACCAACGGCACCGGUGUGCAGGGGGGGCAGAUCCCUGAACUGGUCUUCUACUGCUGAACCAGAACCUGACGAACUCAAGGCCUUUCAUCAGUCAGAAAACAUGUUGGAGUGAGACAGGAGCUCUGAUUCUGACGGACAGUCCAGGUGGAACUGGAAGCUGAUUGCACGGUUGAGGUGGAACUGGAAGCUGAUUGGUUUGUCUGUGCUUCUUAAAGGAAAUGAUGAAUGAACAUUAAAGUUUAUGUGACUGAAACUGAAAA